ACGAUUCCCUGCGUUGGUGGCAGUGUGCAGCAGUAUUUUUGAUUUGCUUUUGUGACAUUUUCACAUUUAACCCAUUUUCCAUAACAUCCCAGAUAGAUUCAGUGCUGAGCAAACUUGAGUGACUUCGAGAACAUUCUAGAGUUUUCCAGCAAUAUAAAUUAUAGUAUAAAUACAGCGAGGGCCCUUAAGCCCACCAGUUUCAUCUGCCAAAGUGGAUGCAAUAUUUGAAUUUUUCUGAGAUGGCAUCAAGAGGCUGCAAGCAUCCGGCAGAUGCAUUUUGCUACGUCUGUGGGCAAUUUAUCAAGACGAGAGCGAGAAAGUAUUCUGUGGAAGCAUCUGCUAAGAUGUGCGAGGCCUACAAGGCAUAUUUUGGCAUGCCUGUUGGGGAUCAAGACAAACCCUGGGCACCUAAUUUCAGCUGCGAGGCAUGCAAAAAAACUCUGGAAGGAUGGUACAGAGGGGAAAAGAGAGCCAUGAAGUUUGCUAUCCCAAGAAUUUGGCAGGAACCCACUGACCACUCAAGCAACUGCUACUUCUGCAUGGUGGACCCUUCCAAACGUCGGACUGGCAAGAAUGCACCCGCCAUCACUUAUCCGGACCUUCCUUCAUCCAUCGCCCCGGUGCCACACUGCCAUGAGCUCCCCGUACCCACUCCUCCGGAGAGAGAGCAGCCGUCUUUAGAAGAGAGCAGCAAGUCAGAGAGCGAGGAAGACAUCGUAGACCAAGAUGACAAUUUCAGAGGUGGAGCUGAGGAGAGAAACCCAUACUACCCCAACCAAAAAGACCUCAACGACUUGAUCAGAGAUCUUGGUCUCACCAAGUCCAAUGCCGAGCUUUUGACGUCUCGGCUCAAGCAGUGGAACUUGUUGGAUGAAAGUGUGCAAGUCGCAGAUCGGAGGAAGCGUCACCGACCUUUUUGUAGCUUCUUCACCCGUCAAGAUGGGCUCUGCUUCUGCCACAAUGUGGCCAGUCUGUUCGAGGCAAUCGGAAUAGCCUGUAACCAGAAUGAGUGGCGCCUCUUCAUUGACAGCUCAUCCAGGAGCCUCAAAGCCGUGCUGCUCCAUAAUGGCAACAAGUACCCGUCUCUUCCCCUGGCUCACUCGGUGCACCUCAAAGAGGAUUACAACAGCAUCAAGACCUUGCUGGACGCCUUGAAGUAUGACGAGUACGGCUGGGAGGUCAUCGGAGACUUCAAAAUGGUGGCAUUCCUGAUGGGUCUCCAAGGCGGUUUCACCAAGUUUCCCUGCUAUCUUUGCCUUUGGGACAGCAGGGACACCAAGGCGCACUACCACAGGCGGGACUGGCCACAGCGGACCGAGUUCUCUGUGGGGAGGAACAACGUCAAGAGGGAGCCACUGGUGGACCCCCGGAAGGUGCUGAUGUCACCACUGCACAUCGAAUUGGGCCUUAUGAAACAAUUUGUCAGAGCCAUAGAUAACGAGUCAGAAGCCUUCAAGUACCUUCAAGACUUCUUCCCGAAGCUGUCGGAGGCAAAGGUCAAAGCCGGUGUCUUCGUCGGACCACAGAUAAAGAAGAUCCUGGAGUGCAGUGAAUUCCCCAAGAAGCUCACUAGUAAGGAGAAAGCAGCUUGGGACAGCUUUGUCGCAGUGGUUCGUGGCUUCCUGGGCAGUCACAAGGUCGAAAACUAUGUGGAGCUGGUUGAGAAUCUGGUGAAGAACUACGGAACAAUGGGCUGUAGGAUGUCCCUCAAAGUCCAUAUCCUUGAUGCUCAUCUUGAUAAAUUCAAAGAGAACAUGGGAGCGUACUCGGAGAAACAAGGCGAGCGCUUACACCAGGAUACACUGGACUUUGAACGCCGCUACCACGGACAGUACAACGAGAACAUGAUGGGAGACUACAUUUGGAGGGUGAUUCGUGAAAGUAAUUUACAGUAUAAUCGUAAAUCUCGAAAAACGACUCGCUUCUAAAACUUUUGCAGUAUUUUUUGUAUUUCUUUAGUAUGAAUACACGUUACUUGUGAUUCGUGUUGCUUUUAUCUCACUUUAUGUGAACGAAAAGACACAAAUUCGACCGUUUUCUCAUUGAAAAUAGGUAAAUUUCAAAGUAUCACUGUCCUGGUCACAAAAGCAACGUUUCUGGGGAAUAAUAGCCAUUUUAUAUACUUGUUAGGCAGAAGCAAUUACGAAAUAACACUACCCAGGAACAAAAAUUGUGUUCCAUCGUGUUAUCAAUGAAUUGAUUCGAUUUCAUAAUCGAAUGCGUGAUAUCAAUGGGGAAUAGAUUUUUGUACAGACUAUAAACGAUUGCUUAGAUAUUUUAGAUGUGAACAAAUGUUUGAAAAUCGACUAAAUAGUAAACACAUUCCUGCUGCGGAGGGAGCUGGUAGGAACGAGGGCGGGCACAAGCCGGCGUGAGUAGGUUAAACGUUGAGUUUUAUAAGGGCACCACGGGGUGACCAGCCCCUCCCCACCCAGCCCCACCCCUCCCACCCCCCACCCAGCCCCACCUUCCCCACCCAGCCCCUCUCCACCCUGCCCCUCUCCACCCAGCCCCACCCCUCACAUUUUUGGAUGCACGACGGACGGACGGACACAAUAAUCCCCUGUGGGCUGGUGGAACCAGGUGGUUCCUAUCAGUAUAAAGGUAAUCAAAAUCAAUAUACAUUAGUUUACAUAGAAAAUCGAAUAUAUCGAUUCUAUUGGAUCGAUUAACAGUUUCCGAAGAUCCAAUCUUCACCAAAUAGAAACCAUUGAGACAUUCGAUUCGAUCCCGUCCGGUGACAUUUAACGUGAAGGUAGAGAGGGGGGAAUCGAAAGUAACGAUCCAUCUAGCAUAUCGAUACCUUUUAACAACAAGGAAUCGCUCAUGACGAUUAAAGUGAAUCGAUUCUCCCCAACCUGGCCAGUGUCAAGUGCGGAAGUAGCCUUGAGCGAGCUACAGUUUAAUACCGUAUGUACAGUAUGUUGAACUUCUUUAAUAUUGGAGUCUAAGGGAGACUUUAAUAUUGGAGUCUAUGGGAGACUUUAACAUUGGAGUAUGUUGGAGACUUUGACACUGGAGUCUAUGGGAGACUUUAACAUUGGAGUCUAUGGGAGACUGGAACAUUGGAGUCUAUGGGACACUUUAACAUUGAAGCCUAUGGGAGACUUUAACAUUGGAGUCUAUGGGAGACUUUAACAUUGCAGUCUAUGGGUAGAGACUUUAACAUUGGAGUCUAUGGGAGACUUUAACAUUGAAGUCUAUGGGAGACUUUAACAUUGAAAUCUAUGGGAUACUUUAACAUUGAAGUAUAUGGGAGACUUUAACAUUGGAGUCUAUGGGUAGAGACUUUAACAUUGGAGUCUAUGGGAGACUUUAACAUUGGAGUCUAUAGGAGACUUUAACAUUGGAGUCUAUGGGAGACUUUAACAUUUUAGUCUAUGGGAGACUUUAACAUUGGAGUCUAUGGGAGACUUUAACAUUGGAGUCUAUGGGUAGAGACUUUAAUAUUGAAGUCUAUGGGAGAUUUUAACAUUGGAGUCUAUGGGAGACUUUAUUAUUGAAGUCUAUGGGUAGAGACUUUAACAUUGAAGUCUAUGGGUAGACACUUUAACAUUGUAGUCUAUGGGUAGAGACUUUAACAUUGGAGUCUAUGGGUAGAGACUUUAACAUUGAAGUCUAUGGGAGACUUUAACAUUGGAGUCUGUUGGAGACUUUAACACUGGAGUCUAUGGGAGACUUUAACAUUGGAGUCUAUGGGAGACUGGAACAUUGGAGUCUAUGGGACACUUUAACAUUGAAGCCUAUGGGAGACUUUAACAUUGGAGUCUAUGGGAGACUGGAACAUUGGAGUCUAUGGGAGACUUUAACAUUGGAGUCUAUGGGAGACUUUAACAUUGGAGUCUAUGGGAGACUUUAACAUUGGAGUUUAUGGGAGACUUUAACAUUGGAGUCUAUGGGAGACUUUAACAUUGAAGUCUAUGGGAGACUUUAACAUUGAAGUCUAUGGGAGACUUUAACAUUGAAGUCUAUGGGAUACUUUAACAUUGAAGUCUAUGGGAGACUUUAACAUUGGAGUCUAAGGUUGAGACUUUAACAUUGGAGUCUAUGGGAGACUUUAACAUUGAAGUCUAUGGGUAGAGACUUUAACAUUGAAGUCUAUGGGAGACUUUAACAUUGGAGUCUGUUGGAGACUUUAACACUGGAGUCUAUGGGAGACUUUAACAUUGGAGUCUAUGGGAGACUUUAACAUUGACGCCUAUGGGAGACUUUAACAUUGGAGUCUAUGGGAGACUUUAACAUUGGAGUCUAUGGGAGACUUUAACAUUGGAGUCUAUGGGAGACUUUAACAUUGGAGUUUAUGGGAGACUUUAACAUUGGAGUCUAUGGGAGACUUUAACAUUGAAGUCUAUGGGAGACUUUAACAUUGAAGUCUAUGGGAGACUUUAACAUUGAAGUCUAUGGGAUACUUUAACAUUGACGUCUAUGGGAGACUUUAACAUUGGAGUCUAAGGUUGAGACUUUAACAUUGGAGUCUAUGGGAGACUUUAACAUUGAAGUCUAUGGGUAGAGACUUUAACAUUGAAGUCUAUGGGAGACUUUAACAUUGGAGUCUGUGGGAGACUUUAACAUUGGCGUCCUCCGGUCUAACACCGUUUGAGACGAGGCUCAAAAGAAAGCUGUCUCUGGUGUGGACCAAUCAGUUUCAAGGACAAUGCAUUUAUUAUCAGAGUGUGUUUUCUUUGCAUUCCGACCACAAGCAUUGUGGUUAAUGCAGACGUGAUUCCUUGUAAAAGGUUUCAGUUUGGUGUUUUAACAUCUGAACACAGCUGAUUUGUUGCCAGAACAAAACAGGGGAAGACUUAUUCUCAUAUUUUGCUAUUGGCAAAGAAGGUCCCAUGAUGUAGCUAUCGGUUUAACACGAAGGCUUUCGCGUCCAAUAUCCAUAGUGAAGCUUUUUAAAUCCUUUAUAUUAAGUUCACUUGCUUGCGUGCUUGCUUGCUUGCUUACGACCGUGCAAAUCUUUCGGUCGUUUUUUAACCCACUUCCCGUGAUCCAAUCGAGCUGACAUUUUGCACACAGACUCGUUGUGCGAGACAAUUAAUGUUCGUGAAAUUUUUUUUCUCCAAAAUUUUACACUGUUUAGGGAAAACAAAUUAAAUAUUUAAUUACAAAUUGUUUAAUACUGGCAGACAAUCAUCUGACCCAUAGGUGGCAGCCAUCUAAAGCCAGAGGAUGAGAGGACUCUAGCCGCCACGCAUAUAAAGGAUUUAGAGUGAAAAACUUUGUUUUUACGGGUUUAUUUUUUUUGGUUGGGUUAGAUCGCGUAAAUAUAUAAAUGUGUCGUCGUUAAACCCGCCACCACCCGACACAGCCAAUUAUCGAGGGGUGUGUCGUGUAAACAGAACGUGCCAAUUCGUUACUCGCACAGCACUAACCGGUUGUGUGUUAGAGAGUAAAUCCACGACUUUGUAAGCGUGGUGGACGAACCCCAAAUAAACUCCCCCUGUAUUAUGGACCCUUCGCAUUCAUUAACAUUGUACACAAUUCUCUUGUGUUUUUAACGAUUUGGAACCACAGGGCUGCAAUGCUGCGGCAAAGGUUAAGAGAGCUCUGCUUGAUGAUGAUGAUGACGAUGUUCUAACCCCAACCCAAUAAACACAUUCCUGCUGCGGAGGGAGCUGGUAGGAACACGUCGGGUUGCUCGGUCAAUGGCCUGCAGGGUCAACGGCGGCGUGGUGUAUUCCGCAAAUAUGGCCGACUGUGAGGGCGGGCACAAGCCGGCGUGAGUAGGUGAAACGUUGAGUUUUAUAAGGGCACCACGGGGUGACCAGCCCCUCCUUACCCAGCCCCUCCCUACCCAGCCCCACCCCUCCCACCCCCCACCCAGCCCCACCCGCCCCCUCC